UGCACAGACAGCGCUUACCAAAUCUCGGAGUAUUUACACACGCUGCUCAUUUUUCGAUUUCUGACAUCCUGCAUGGCGAUGCCAGGCGAUGCCAACAGGACUGUUUUCGUCGGAAAUGUGGAUCCUCUGGUAAAGGAGGAGAUUCUAUACGAGCUUUUUCUGCAGGCUGGCCCGGUGAGGAAGGUGACGAUGGCUAGAGACCGUGAAGGCCGUCGUAGGCCGUUUGGUUUCGUGCUGUACAAGCAUGCUGAGGCUGUGCCUUACGCUAUCGCCCUCCUCAACGGGAUCUCUCUGUACGGGAGGCCCCUCAAACUGGACUUCAGCACAGGAAGCUCCCAGGACCCUUGGGGUAGCUUUGGAUCUCCAGGCUCUGAGGAUAGAGGACCUAACAUAGUCAGGAGAGUGUGUCCCCAGGAAUCUCCCAUCUUUAACUUCAGUGGCUUUAAUCCCCAAGGCGACUGCAGAUCUCAAGACCAGAUCACCAGGGGAAACGCAGUAUGUAUUUGGCCUCCCUGUCAGCUACCCCCUCUCACCCCUCUACCCCAACAAGUUGCCCCCAACCUUUUCCCUGGACUCUUCAGUUCCUCCACCCCUCUGUCGCCCUGGGUUGGACCUUUCUGGACCCCACCUCUGACUCCUCUGCCCCCCCCAGCACCCCCUCCACAGGAGAGGGAGGAAGCACCGCCAACCCCAAAAGAGCGAGAGAUUGAAAGAGAGAGGGAGUGUGAGAACCCCCCAGUGUCCGUGAAGGAGAGAGAGAGGGGUCGGGAGAGGCUCCCAGUGCCUCUACAUUCAAAGGCUCAGGAGGAGGAGAGAGCGAAGGAAGCCAAGCGGCGCAAACACAAGAGGAUGAGAAGUAGGAGACACCGGCAUCAGAGCAGACACAAGAUAUGAGGCUCUCUCUCUGUCUCACGCGCACACACACACACACACACACACACACACUCGCGCUACAUACGGUGCCACACAUUUACAGACACAUAUACAGACACACACUCGUGUGUAUAGAUGACCAUGUGCAAAAACAGGCAGAGGCACAAACCUGGGAUCCUUAGCUCUUUCCAUAUCAUGCUGAGUGUCCUAUGCCCAACGUGUAGCCAGCUAUGGGCUGCUCUGCAUCAUCUGAAAGACUUCCUCACAGUGAUUCAGCACUUUAUCAAAUAUGAUAGCACGUGAUGGAAGAGAGAAAGAGAGACAUAAAAACGUUGUUUUGAGAAUACGGCGUCCUUUAAAUGAUACCUUUUGUUUUUGUUUGGGAUUCAUUUCUUUUGAAUAUGUAUAUCUAAUAUGUCCCCCUGGUGAGGGCCAGAAACAAUAUUUAUAUUUACAAUUAUUUGUAAGCAGAUUCAAAGAUAAGGCCACGAGCAGCUCCAGGGUGCACCGUUCCCACCCUAGAGGACCUGAUUAAUACUACAGUCUGCUUUCUGUGAAACGAUUGAAUUCAGCCGUACGUGCUUUAUCCUUUCAUUCGAAAUCCAGUUUUCAACUGCAGUUGACUUCUGGGUUGAUGUUGUUCUUUAUUAUAUUGUUCAUAUGAUUAAUUCAUAUUAUAUUUAUACUAUUGUACUUUUUGAUGUCUGUUGUUUAUCCAUUUAUAUUCAACUUUUAUGUUGUUUACAGCCUAAUCUGCACAUUGCCUUAAAAUAAACGCACAUACAGAUUAAACUCUUUGUGGUCCAAGCAGAAGUCAAUGAGGACACAGAAGUUGAGUGCUGCU